AUGGUCACAACAAUCAAGGAAGGAGUGAAUGAUCCAAAAAUAUUAUCAAGUCAACAAUCAAUUCAAUUUGAUCAACUACCGGUGGAAAUUUUAAACAGGAUCGUGUAUUGGCUAUCCAAUGCUACACUAAUUUUAGAAUCAAAUUCAACAGGAAAGUUUCCUGCUUUUACAUAUAUAGUCAAUAGCGAACGAUGCGGAGAUUGUUAUCAAGAUUUGUUAUCCCUUUCUUCGACCAAUUGCUAUUUUAGACAAUAUUUGGGUGCCACGAUAUUCAGAAAUGUUAGUCUAGUUAGAUUAAAUCAAGUUGACUCAUUAUUAUGCAGCCCCAAAUCUCGAGAGUUAUUCAGCGAUAAGAAAUCAUAUCAGCGUGAGUUUUUACUGGAGUUAAUCAUGAAAAAUAUUCAGAAUUGCGGUAACAGUGAUUUGGCAAGAUCUGGAUAUAAGCUACACUAUUUUGGUGAUCGAAGUUUUAGGAGUAAAUAUCAAGAAUUAUUGUGUAUUUGCAAUUAUGUGACAUAUUUGGAAUGUGACAACUCAUUCCUAUCAGGAAAAGAACCACAAUUAUUUGUUAAUUUGAAAGAGUUGAAAGUUUUGGAUGAAGCUGUGGAAUCACCGAUCUCACAAGAAUUGAAUUUCCCUUCUAUAUCGUACCUCGCAGUUCAUGUUCAAACAUUACAAUCAACGAAAGGGUUGUUAAAUACAUUGACAAAUUUAAGACGAUUGGAUCUAUUUGUUGCAUACGGGGACAUUCCUAAUGGACAAGGUCUUCAACGAAUUUUAUAUCAUCUCAAUCAAACUAAGGUUCGAAUAGAAGAAUUUGUUUUAAUUUUGGAUAAUGCAUAUACAAUCAUUUAUGCCGAUACUAUUCGAUUGUUACAAUCGAUAAAAACAUCAAAUCUAAACAAAUUAGCUAUUCGGGUCAACAGGAGGAAAUCUUUACCCAUUCAUUGUGAUAAAAAUUACGAAGUAUACUCUGAAUAUGUCGGAGAGGACUUAUUGUCAGUGUUUCAACAGCCGCAACAUUUGAUCAUCGAUGUUUCAGUGCUCAAAUCGAUCAAAUUUCAUCCUAACUCAAUAAAUUCAGGAAAUUUACAAAAUAAAAAUCAGAAAAGUAAAAAAUUGACAAUUGUUGACCGGACUAUUACUGGACCUCAAAUUUCGCUUGAUUUCAAAGAGAAAUUAGGAGUUGUUGUGAGGUCUUGUGGAGUUACAAAAUUUUCAUUUCAAUAUGGAGAAUCACUAGAAGAAAGUCACCUUCAUGUUUUAAAAAUUGUUACUGACUUUGUUCAAUGGAUGGUCAACCCUAUAUUAAACAAAAAUGUAGGGUAUCUAGGUUUGAAAAAGAUUCUGAUUGAAAAAUGUUGGGGGUAUACGGAUGAUUCCAUAAUUAGGGAAUAUUUGAUGGAUAUGAUCGAAUCAGGAAAGCUUAGUCAUAAAAUAAAUUCGACUAAAAUUUGGACUAAAACUCCGUUUAAUUCACCUAGAUAUAAAAUUAAAGAUUCGUAUAAUAUUUUUUAUAGUAAACUGUCUGGGUUUUCUGUUAUGGAUAAUAAUGGUUAUUUUAUCGGGACGAGUCAGCAAACAAUUGAUAAAGCAAGUUUUGUUACUUCUAACGAUUCGAAAACAGAUGGCGAUGCAGGUGAUUGCUUCUGGAGUAUUGAAGCAUCAUUGUGUGACUUUGAACAAUAUUCGACUCGUCAAAGAAAGACUCUUUUGUCAUCUUGA